CCUCGAGAACAGUAAACGAGGAAAAAGUCCAGCAAAGAACAUUGAUGACACAUCUACAAAUGCCACCUUCAACAACAACAGUGUCUACACAAUCACAAGUCACUCAGACCAACAGAAAGACACAAACAGAUUGCAAACUCACACGGCCUCAUAAAACACGCAGCACUUAAACACCCACCCUUGCUUAUGUGCCCACCCCUACAAUAAGGAAAAUGGUAUCAACAGCCACACAAUGUGAAAUUAUCACAGCUCAUAUACAUACAACAAACAAUGAAGCAGAAACUGAAGACAAUAGCAUGGACGAUGAUAUCAGCAGGGACCCAAACUAUGAACCAUAUAGUGAGGAAGACAGUGAACUUGAGGAUGAAGCUGGUGUGGACAGUAAAGAGCCAUUAAUGUGUCGAAGUCCAGAAAAAGAAAAAAAAAUCAUCGUUUUUGAGUCAUGCCUCCUGCAGCUUUUAAAUAAGUGCAAAAAGUGCAGUGGGGCAUGUACCCAAUACAUAGCAAAAAGAAAAGGAACAUUUGAGUCAAUAACAACUUGGUGCCAGGCAGGUCACAAAGAAAAAUGGGCCAGUCAGCCCGUCUCCUCUUCACUGCCAUGGGGAAAUCUUUUGCUGUCUGCAGCAAUUCUCUACUCUGGGAGUAGCCCCAGCCAGGCCCUGAGAAUGAUGUGCCAUGCCAAUAUUCUCACUGUUUCACGGAGUACAUAUGGCAGGAUUCAGAGUGCGUAUUUGAUACCAACCAUCUACAGAAUGUGGCAGGACAGUCAGCAGGAACUAAUAAAUGAAAGAAGAAAUACAAGCCUUACGCUUGGUGGGGAUGCCAGGUGUGACACCCCUGGAUACUCAGCAAAAUAUGGUUCCUACACAAUGAUGGAUGUGAAGGCCAACAAAGUAUUGGAUGUCCAGCUUGUACAGUGCAAUGAAGUGAAAGGCUCCACCCACAUGGAGUUGGAAGGAUUGAAGAGGGGGGUAGAGUUUUUACAAGAACAGGGAAUGACAAUGGACUGCUUGAUAACUGACAGACAUGUCCAAGUCCGCAAGUAUAUGCGUGAGGAAAACCCCGAGAAACAGCAUCUGUUUGAUGUUUUUCAUGUUGCCAAAGGUGUGGAGAAAAAGCUGGAAGCAGCAGCCAAAAAGAGGGGCCAGGAGAUUCGCCCAUGGAUCAAGUCAAUUGUUAAUCACAUGUAUUGGGUGGCCGCAACAGCCGAAAGGAAGCAGCCAAAAUACCAACAGGAGAAAUGGCUGUCUAUUCUUAAUCACACUGUCGACAUCCACCAGGGCCAUUGAGAACACUUUGAAAACUGUCUGCAUGAUGAAUUGCCAGAGAGGCAAUGGAUUAAAAAGGGAUCAAGAGCCCACAAAAUGCUGGAAGAAGUCAUUGGGAGCAAAUAUUUGUUAA